CACAACUUGUUCAUUUAAUUGCUUAACAUUAAGCUAACUUGGGUUGAAUGAAAGAACUAUGAAUAUUUUAAAUAUAUUACUCGUAAUUGUUUCCAUUAAAUCGUCUCGUCAGUGGUGUAGAUCCACUGUGGGUUUUACGACCUGCGGAAAUGAAAAAUUGACGGAAAACAAUCCGUUAAGGAUAGCAGAUUACAAACAUCUGUUGGAAUUUGAGGGUGGGUAUUUGGAAGAAAUCCCGACCGGGUCAUUUAAAUUGCUGCCAGAGGUGAAUAUUCUGCACAUAAGCAACAACCACGUAAAAACCAUCGAAAAAGGCGCUUUCGACGGCCUGCAGCAGUUGCAGAAACUAAUUUUGUAUAACAACGAGCUGAGAGUUGUAAAUCAAGGGGUAUUUAGAAACUGCAGAAAACUGAAGUCCUUGGAUUUAGGUCAGAACGAAAUAAGUGACGUGGAAACUAACGCAUUUGCCGAUCUACCGAGUUUGGAAGAACUUAAUUUGGGAUUUAAUAAUUUACUAACCGUUCCCACCGAUGUAAAUAAAAUAAAAUCUUUACUAUCUCUAAAGCUCAACAAUAAUAAACUUAGUUCCUUGGACGCGAACGCUUUUAAUAAUUUAAAUAAGUUGGAAGUUCUUGAUUUAAGUGAUAAUCAAAUUAGAGCCAUACCGAACAGUGCCUUAGCGGGGUUGAGUAAGUUGAAAGAAUUAAAUCUGAAAUCUAAUUACAUAAGCAACUUAAAUGUGCAAAACGUUUUAAGUGACUUAAGGACUCUUGCUGUUGUAAAAUUGUCCAUAAACUCCUUUAAUUGUCGGGAUUUAAAUUCGAUUAUAAACGCUUUUGGGAGGAAGGGGGUGGAAGUCGCCAAGGGGUUUUCUAAAUCACAGGACCAAAUCAACGGCAUCGGGUGUAAAAGAAUAUAGAAAUUUAAAAUGAUCUCCACUAUUAUGUACCUAGUAAUAACAUAAUUAUAAUAUAUACGUAUGUUCCAUUGUUA